AUGCUUGAGCAGGGAACUUGCGCAAUCAAGUUUGGGAACAAGGGGUUCCUUGAAGUAGCCGGGGUGGGCACGGUAGAGUUGCAAUGCGAGACGCCGGAAGGUGAGCAAGUCAACCUUCUCCGUGAGGUUGCCUAUGUUCCCGGUGUGGCGGAGAACCUCUUUUCAGUCAAGAAAGCCACCGCGGUAGGAGCCGAGGUUGUGUUCCGUGGGAAAGUGUGCGAGGUUUCCAUGGAUGGACAGGUUGUGCUUCGGGCGAAGAGAAUGCGGACGGCAUGCCCGUUGUUUGUCAACCGAAGACAACAACCCCUCGAGGUCAUGCACAUGGACGUGUCCGAGCCCAUGCGGGUGACGUCAAAGGGGGGGAGUAGGUACUUAGCCACUUUCCUAGACGACUAUUGCAAGCUUUUGGUGGUGCAACCGAUGAAGCGGAAGAGUGACGCCACGGCGGUCACGGAGAGCGCGUUUGCCCGCUUGGAGUUGCAAUCCGGAAUGAAGGUUAAGGGGAUGCAAACGGACCGGGGCGGGGAGUACGUCAACGGGGGAAUGACGGCCCUUCUCGGGAAGAGAGGGACGGUGCACCGCAACACGGCGGGGCACUCUCCCGAACAAAACGGUUCGGCGGAGCGAUUGAACCGGACGCUCGAGGAAAGAGCGCGGGCUUUCUUAGAGGACGCCCGGUUGGAGCCGGAGUUGUGGGCGGAAGCGAUGGUCACGGCCAACUACACCUGGAGCCGGGUUCCUUCGAGCGUGCACGACAAGACGCCGUGGGAGAAGAGUUCUACGGGAAGAAGCCAAAUUUUGGCCAUUUGCGGGUGGGCUACUCCUACGGGGAAGGCCGACACCGAGAGCGAGGAUUCCGUUGAGGAAGACGGCCUUCAAGAGGAGACGGCGAGAAGAUACCCCGCACGCGAAAGGCAGGCGCUCGGGGAGUGGUACCGAGCGAAUCUAGCGGAAACGGGGAAGCAUCCCAAGAGGUCGGGGGAGCAUCCAGAGCCGCAAACGUAUCAAGAAGCCGUAGGGGGAGAAGAGCGAGCUUUGGGGGAAGUCCAUGGACGAGGAGAUGCAGUCCUUGUUGGAGAACGGGACGGGUACUUGCAAAAGCAAGGGAUAGACUUCGAGGAGGUCUAUUCCCCCGUGAGCAAGCACACCACGUUGCGGGCGCUCCUAGCGGUAGUCGCGGAGCGCUACUUGGAGCUUCAUGAAUUGGACGUCAAGACGGCGAUUCUCAACGGGGAGCUCGAGGAGAAGAUCUACAUGCAACAACCGCAAGGGUACGAGCAAGGCGGGCCCAACGUGAUUUGCCACCUCAAGCGCACCUUGUACGGGUUGCGCCAAGCGCUGCGUGCGUGGCACACGCGCUUGAAGGAGGAGCUCGGGAACUUUGAGUUCGUGGCGUUUUGGGCGGACGCGGCGCUCUUUUCGGGAGUGGUGGACGGGGAGCGGGUUUACCUCAUUGUGUGGGUGGACGACAUUCUCGUCGCGGCCCGGGGGGCGGAGCGGAUUUUAAAGGUAAAGGUGCACUUGACGGAGAAGUUCGACGUGCACGACUUGGGGGAGGCGAUCUACUUCCUUGGGAUGGAGUUGGCGCGCGACCGGAAGGCGCGCACUUUGAAGCUCACGCAAAAGAAGCUUACGGGGAAGCUUCUUGGGCGGCACGGAUUGGUGGGCGCACGGGCGCGGUCGGUCCCCCUUGGUGCAGGGGAGAAGUUGACGAGAGAGGGUGAGCCGCUCGACACAGCGAGAUUCCCCUAUAGCGAGCUCAUUGGAAGCUUGUUGUACUUGAGCGUGUGCACGCGGCCCGACAUCGCUCAAGCAGUGGGUGCUUUGGCGCGCUGCACGAGCGCGCCAACGGAGGCGCAUUGGGCGGCGGCGCUUAGGGUGGUGCGCUACUUGGCGGGAACGGCGGAAGCCGAAUAA